AUGGAGGUGAACAACCAAUUCAUGAAAAAGACAGAAGCCACUCUUCAGGACCAGAAUGCAGCCAUUAAGAAUCUGAAAACUCAGAUAGGACAGAUGGCAGUUGCAUUAACAGGUAGAGCACCAGGCAGCCUACCAAGUAACACAGAAGUCAAUCCGAAAGAACAUGCAAAGGCUAUAACAACGAGAAGUGGAGUGGAGUUACCUGAGAGACAAAUGAAUAAUCCCGUGGCAAACAAAGAAGAUAUGUUUCCUGAAGUAGAAGAGAUUUUGGAGCAAGAAGAACAGACAGAAGAGCCAACACCAAGAGCAAAUAAAGAAAACUCAAGGGAGAAAGAAACUAUAGCUGUGAACCCCUAUGAGCCACCCAUACCAUUCCCACAGAGGUUGAAGAAGCAAAAGAUGGAACAACAAUAUAAGAAGUUUCUUGAAAUCUUCAAGAAGCUCCAUAUCAACAUCCCAUUCGCUGAAGCACUGGAUUGGGAGAAGCUAAAGCUACCAUGGUGA